AUGCUUGGAUUCACGGGAUCAUGCUUGUCAAAGGAGUUUUUCGAUUUAGCAAAAUCUAUAGGAGAGUCUCGUUCGAAACAGGAGGAGGACAGAAUUAUAUGCAAUGAAAUCGUUUUGCUCAAGUCAAGGUUUGUGGAUCCGAAUGCAUCAGUAAAACAGAUAAAAGAAUACUUGAUCAGAGCAAUAUACAUAGAAAUGCUUGGCCAUGAUGCAUCGUUUGCAUAUAUUCAUGCAGUUAAACUAGCACAUGAGAAGAACAUUUUGUGUAAAAGGACAGGUUAUUUAUCAUGUAAUCUGUUCUUAAAUAAAGACCAUGAAUUGAUGCUAUUAUUAAUUAAUACAAUUCAGAAGGAUUUAAAAAGUGAUAAUCAUUUAGAAAUUUGGGCAGCCUUAAAUUGUGUUUGUAAAUUAUUAAACAAUGAAAUGAUUCCAGCUAUAUUUCCAAUUAUAAAAAAUUUAUUAAAUCAUAAAAAUGAAUUAAUAAGAAAAAAAGUGUGUAUGUUAUUACAUAAAAUGUAUUUAAUUGAUCCAUUAUUAAUUAAAGAAAUUGAUAUAUUUUUAAAAAAGUUAUUAUGUGAUGUAGACCCUUCUGUUAUGGGAGCAUCUUUAAAUUUAAUUUAUUGUGUUGCUAAGAAUGAUAUGAUGUAUUGUGUAAAAUUAGUACCAUAUUUAGUUUCUAUACUUAAACAAAUAUGUGAAAAUAAAUUACCAAGAGAUUAUGAUUAUCAUAGAAUCCCAGCCCCAUGGAUUCAAAUAAAAAUAUUAGCUAUUUUUAGAAUUUUAGGAUAUUCAAAUAAGAAAUUAUCAGAACAAAUGUAUGAAGUAUUACAGAAAACAAUGCAAAGAGCUGAUUUCGGAAUAAAUGUUGGUUAUGCUAUUAUUUAUGAAUGUGUAAAAACUAUUGCUACUAUAUACCCAUCUCAUCAUUUACUAGAAUUAGCAUCUUUAUCUAUUUCUAGAUUUAUUUCAUCAGAUAAUCAUAAUCUUAAAUACGUUGGCGUUACAGGAUUAGCUCUCAUUGUAAAAAUUAAUCCUAUGUAUGCUUCUAAGCACCAGCUAGCUGUUGUAGAUUGUUUAGAGGAUAAGGAUGAAACCUUAAAAAUGAAAACGUUAGAUUUAUUAUAUCAAAUGACGAACCCAUUAAAUGUUAAAGUUAUUGUGGAUAAGCUUUUAUUUCAUGUGGAAAAUUCGCUAGAUAUUCAUUUUAAACAUGAUUUGGCAUGCAAAAUUAUUCAGUUAAUAGAAAGGUACACUCCUGAUGAUAUUUGGUUUUUAAAUACUAUAAAUUCUUUAUUUCUAUCAGUGGGGGAAUUGUUGGAUGAAAGUCAUUCUUAUUCUCUUAUUAAACUCUUGAAAGACAGUUCGGUGUGCUUAGAUUCAGACUCAGGUGAUGAAAUUAUUCGGAACGAAAUGAAUGAAGAAGCUAACAAUGGGGUGGAAGGUGUCGAAAUAUGUAGCAAUAAUAAUAAUUGUGACAGCAAUAACGACUAUUAUAAAAACACAAAUGAAAUUGAAAGCUCUAAGUGUUUAAACAUUGAAGAGGAGGUAGACAAUAAAGAAGGCUGUCUGAAUGAGCAGAUGCAUCAGGUAGUACACAAUUCUCUUUCACAGGGUGGAGAAGUAUUUAAUAGAGAAUCAGAUAAUAAACAAAAUUGUGGAAAAUAUGAUGCAAAUGUUGUACAAAAUAACAAUGCAAAUGACAUCAUAGAUGGGCUAAUAAAAGCGAAUGGAAAUAUAGAUGAACAGACAAUUGGAAAUAAUAAUCCUAGUAAGGAUAAUAACACUACGGAAAAACUGAACCAAACGAUUAGCGAAAAAGAAUUAAAAAAAAAAAAUAAAAUAAACGAUAGUAUAUACAAUUUGAGAAAAUAUGCUGUAAACACAUACAUAAACAUGCUAGAGAAUAAUGAAAACAUUCCUUUUAUUUUGAUGCAAAUUAUAUGUUGGGUAUUAGGAGAAUAUAGCUACCUAUGCGAUAUAGAAAAUUACACAACUGAAGAUAUUAUUGAUUUGUUAUGUGAAUGUUUGGAAAAGAAUUUUAAUAAUCCAGAUAGAGUGAAAUCAUGCAUAAUAACAGCCAUUUUCAAAUUAUGCUGCUUCAAUAACAUAACAGAUCACGUUGUUGCUAAGAAAUUGAUUGAGAAAUACAAAAAUAGUAGGAUAACAGACAUGCAGCAAAGAUGUUAUGAAUAUGAUUUCAUUUUAAAUAAUCCUACACUUAUUAAAAAUGUAUUUUCGGCAAAAUGUAAACAAAAAAUUGUUAUAGAUGAAAGCUUAUCUUUCUUGAAUCCAUUCGUACAGAAACAUUUGGAAAAUGGAGGAAAAGCUUACAUAACAAAAGAUUUAAGGAAAUCUGAAAAUAAUUUCGAAUCUUCCAAAAACAAUGCACCUGUACUUAAUUUUACGCCAUACGAAUUACCAAUCAAUAGUAGAAUACAUGUCGAUAAUUUUCAUACAUCAUCAAAUAGUAACUUUGCAUAUGAAAAAAAUUACAAGUAUAACACACCUGAGCAGUUUUCAAUAACGGAUCCUAUGUCUAAUCCAAAAGAUAGAGAAAAAACAUUUAAACUUAAUGUAGUGGGCCCCAAAAAAUGGAAAAAAGAAACAUGUCAAAUUGAAGGAAGAAAAAAUAACAAGAAAAAAAAAAAAAAAAAAAAAAAAAGGGAUAACGAAAAUAACGAUCAGUUAAAAAGUAGUCUUACUAAUGUGUAUAAAAAUAAAUUAAAAAAUCAGGAAGGGCAAAAAAGGUUGCAUAAAAUGAGCACAAAUCAGGGAGGAAAUGAAGAAGGGAAUUUUUACGAUAAAAAUUGUUUUGGACAAGAAAGAGAAGAAGUGGAUAAUCAAGAUGAUGACAAGGUGGAGCCUGGAGAUGAUGAAACAGGAGAUGAAGAAGAUGGAGAAGAGGAGGAGGAUGAGGAAGAGGAAGAAGAAGAGGAAGAAGAAGAAGAAGAAGAAGAGGAUGCGAUAUCAGAAGACGAAGGAAAUUUUGAUGAUGAUCAUAAUCCAGGGAAUGAUGAAAGAGAAUGUGAAAAAAGAGUGGAUGUCUUAGGGGACGGCUAUAAUCAGAAUUAUGAAAGAUUUGAAGAAAGAGAUAUUAAUAACUUAAGGGAUUAUAAAUAUGAAAAUGACAGUAACAGUAAUAGCAAUAACAGUUCAUUUUACAAACAAGGAAGUUCCCAUCAGAACAGUUAUGCAGAUUCAACACAUAAUGAGCUAACAGAAAAGGAAAAAAUGGCUGCUGCACUUUUUAAUGGUUUAAUAUCAAAUAGUUCAUCGGUUGACAAUUCAAGAAAUAAUUACUCUUCCAGUUUUUCAAGUAAAAAAAGCCAGUCAUUAUUGUCCAAUAGGAAUUAUUUUAAUACAAAGUCUAAUGAUAUCAAGACGAGUGAAAGGGGUAAGUAUUUUGGCAAUAAAAAUAAUUCAGGGAAAUUUGAAAGAGAACAUGAUUUAUCAACAAAUCAACAUGUGGAAAAAAAAAGUUCUUCAUCGAAUAUGUUGGAAAACAAUUUAAAUAAAUUAGAUGAAAUGAGAAAACCCAAGUAUGCAUUUGACAUGCUAGACUUAAGCGAACCGUCUGCUAAAGAUGAUUAUAUGGAAGAAGAAAAUAGUAGAAGAAAAGAGGAGGACAAAAAUUUGUGGAAUUGCAUUGGUAGUCAGAAGAAAGCUGUUUUUUUAAACACGUCCGAGUUAAACAUAUUUCAGAUAAUUAAAAAAAUCGAGAAUAAUUUAAAUGCCAAUGUGGUGGAAGUGAGCAAAAAGGAAGCCUUAACAUCAUGCAUUUAUAGCAGCAAUAAAGUUUUGGUAAAAAUAAAAAUAGAAGACAAUAAAUUAAUUUUUUUAGUGAAGUCUGCUGAAAUUAAAACAAUUGACAGCGUUUUUGUUAUUCUGAGAAAUUUGUUUCAUUCAUAA